UCUUGAAGAAAACAAGUAUCCUCGGGAUUAAAAACAAACAUGAAGGAUUCCAUUCCUUCCGGAAUAUUUUUUGUUCAUAAUUUAACCCUUGGUAGAAACCUAGAAGAGAUUUGAAUGAUUUUGACCUUGUAAAAGUGUCCAGAGGAGAUGACGAGCUUCAAAAAGAGAGCAAAAGAAGAAGUUACAGGAUGCCAGCUUUUUUUUCCUGCAUUUCAGGAGGCUGUCCCUAAAUUGUUGAGCGCAUAAGAGGCUCCCUGUGUGCGACCCUCUCAGCAUUCAAGGCCAGAGUGUGAGGGGAUUGGGCUAUUGUGAGCCUCUCUGUGUGUUGUCUACAGAGAGGGGGAGAGCGAAGGAAGAGAAAAGAGAGCAGCAGUAGCUUUCAACUCAAGUUAUUUGCUGAGGCUUGAAUUCAGAGGUGCACUUUAAACUUAUGAAAACAUUUCUAUCCACAGCUGCGUCCCAGCUCUCCAGAGCUCCUCUUAUCUCUUCGACCCCACUGUCUUCUCUGCCGCGCACCCCCUCUGCCGACUGUCGGCCUGACCUGCUUCCCAGGGAACUCGACGGGGCAAGAAGAGGCUGCAGAGCAUUCAUCAAGUGGUGGAACAGUAAGAGGUAGCCAGAGCCACCAUGGCCUUGUCCCAGGAGAGAAGUGCAUGUCUGGGGCUGGUGGUGCUCCUUUUGCUUGGUGCGGGCCUGGAGGACGUUGUGGAGGGAUGUAGCUGCCACCCGUCACAUCCACAGCAGCUCUUCUGCAGCGCUGAGAUUGUGAUAAGGGCAAAGAUCUCUGGAGAGAAGAUUGUGUCGCCUAGCAACAGCUCCUCACCUUACAUGAAGAUGAUCCAGUACGAAAUCAAAAUGAUCAAGAUGUUCAAAGGUUUUGACAGAGCCAAGGACAUCCAGUAUGUGUACACGCCUGUCUUCUCUUCACUCUGUGGAGUCAAACUGGACUCCAACAACAAAGCAGGCUAUCUGCUCUCAGGAAGCAUGUGGAGCGAUGGACGGAUUUCUAUUGGCCAGUGUGACCUAGUGGAGUCCUGGGACAACUUAUCACUGUCACAAAAAAAGAACCUUAACUACAGAUACCAGAUGGGCUGUGAAUGCAGAAUCAACACGUGCUACACGGUGCCUUGUGCGUCUACAGGAGAGAACGAGUGUCUGUGGACGGACUGGCUGCUGGAUAAUAGUCUGAACGGGGAGCAGGCUCGGCAGUAUGCCUGCAUCCGACGAUCGGACACAAGCUGUGGUUGGUACCGGGGUGGGCCUCCGCCCGAGAAGGACUUCUUGGACAUGACCGACCCCUGAUCUGUAAUGCCGACUUCAGAAAUCCCUUAAGGAAAAUCCAACCCUGCUUUUGGCAUAUUUAGCACGCAUUUGGCUUGCAAAGAAGCAACUAGGAAAAAAAAAAAAAAAAAGGGGAAAAUUUGCUGAUUUUUCAAACCCGCUGGAGAAAAAGCUGCCAUUAAGCUACCGGUUGCAAAGUUCAGGCAGUUGAUCCAGCAACAGGAAAAUAAAUAUUUAAAGUGCAGGGUCUUUGAGCGUUUCUCUGACUCACUUUCACACUUUCCACUUCACAUGUCGUUACAGAGUGAGAACAGCAGCAGAAUAUCCACAGCUAAUAUUUCACUUUUGAGUGAAGGUGUUUGCCUCAUUGUAAAUGCACUCCUUUUAAGCCCUAUGAUUAUUUGUGUAAUGUACAAUAGGCUAAAUAGCAAUUUAAGUUCUGAAUUUACAGAAAUAUUAAAGAAAUGUUUAAGAACACUAAAAUAAUAGAAUCCUUUCUUGUAUCAACCUUGCAGAGUCUAAUUACGUGCAUCUUGACUGCAGCAUCCUGAUGUUGAAUUUCUAUCUGAAAUGCUGACACAAAUGAAAGUACACUGAAUAUACUGUGCUUUGUCAAGGUUUUAGGCAUUGAAGCUUCAACAAGGAUGCAUAAUAGGCAAUUGCAGAAUAGUUUUAAUUUAUUGGUAUAAUUAAAAGUGAUGUGAAGAAAAAAAAAACUUAAAUUGCAGGAGUUUUCCUAAUAAUCUUUGGGGUAAAGCCAUUUUUU